AUGAAUAAAUGUAAAAUGUACAUUUGUUUCAGACAGGAACAGGUACAUGAAGGCGUUUACAGUCCGUUAGAGGUGAGAGUGGAGACAGAUGAGGGGUCACGUCUCUGUCGGACAUAUAAGAGGAACAAUUUCAGACCCUGUCCACCUUCACUUCAGUACAAACAGGUUGUUUGUUUAGAGGCUCAACAGAACAGAUUACCUCAAAACUACAUAAAAAAGCUUCUGAUUCUGGAGACAAACAACUACAGCAGCACUUCCAUAUUAGAUUUUCUUCAUAAUCAGUUCUCAAAGAGACUUCCA